AUGAAUCCUGUAAAUACUGAUACUCCAACAACUGGACGCCGUGUGUCACUGAAAAAUAAGUCUCUCUCAGAAAUUUCAGCUGAAACUCAAAGGGAAGAUUCAGUGUGCAGAAAUGAUAGCCUCAAACAACUGCCUUUGGCAGAAAAUAAAUGCUUAAAACAAAGACGAAAUAGUAAACAGCAUACCGCAGGGAAACCUGUAAAAGCAGAGGUGCUGAAAGAAAUUUGUGAUCAGGCAAACUUUGUUAACUCACAAGAGGGACGUUCUGAAACUCCUGCCUCUUUUUCAAAUUCCAAGAGUCCCAGAAGAAAUGACAGGCAAAGUAAAGAAUUAUCAAACAAAAGUGUCCAUCCAGAGACACUGGCUUCAGAAGAGUUGGCCUCAGAACUGGCAUCUCCUGCUGGUCAGAAGUCUGACUCUGGAAGGAAAAGGGGUAGGCCAAGGACCUCUGGACUGCUGACUGAAAGAGCAUUAGAGACAAAUGCCGUUGAAGAAAAUCACGAUAAGACAACAGACAGAAAGGACAGUGGAACUGAAGAAGAGCUGGCCACAAAGGGGAAUCACCAGAAACAAGAUUUGGAAGAUGCUGGUGUUAUGAGACCUCGUAGAUUGUCAUCCAAAAGGAGGUCUUCUGGAAGUGCUACUGUACUGAAAGACAAUGAGGCUGUCUCAGAAGUGAAUAUUUCUGGCCUCUUGGCUGGAGAAGAGUCAGUAAGAAAAAUAAAAGGUCAUUUUAGUACAGGUCACGCAGAGUCACCUGCUACAAUAGUUGUAGGUAGAGCUUAUUCCACCACAGUCAGAACGGCUGGACGGGUGCCUAAAGUGGUAAAAAAUCCUAUCUUGAAGCUAAACAUGAAUAUGGACGAAAGCUUCACAGGAAUGACUGAAAUGUUCCAAACUCCAGAAAAUAAGAGUGGAAAAACAUUACCUUUGGCCACUGUUCAGAAGAUUGAUUUUACACCAACAUGUACUGCAGUGGAAAUUUCUGAAUUGCAGACUCCUGAAGAAUCUGGAGAAAUGAUGGUGUCACCGUUAAAUAGUUCAGAUGCUUCAGAACAGACACAAGAUAAUCCAGGCAUUUGUCACUUUCUGAGAGAGGAAGAGUCUCUAAAGUCUAUGUUUGAUGCAAUACCCACAAACACUCCUGAAAACAGAAAAGUCACCCUAGAAGAAAAUACUAGUGUGGAUAGUUUGUCAGUAAUUCCAGAUAAACAAGCAUCUCGGAUUAAAUCAAGAAGUAAAAGGAGGACCCCAAAGCAAAGUUCAGAACCAGUAGAAAACUUGUUGGGUGUCAAGGAGCUCAUGAAGACCCCGAAGCAGAAGUCAGAGCCUGUAGAGGCCUUGUCAGGCAUCAAGCAGCUUUUGAGAACCCCAAAGCAAAGGUCAGAACCAGUAGAAGCCUUGUCGGGUGUCAAGGAGCUCAUGAAAACCCCGAAGCAGAAGUCAGAGCCUGUAGAGGCCUUGUCAGGCAUCAAGCAGCUUUUGAGAACCCCAAAGCAAAGGUCAGAACCAGUAGAAGCCCUGUUGGGUGUCAAGGAGCUCAUGAAAACCCCGAAGCAGAAGUCAGAGCCUGUAGAGACCUUGUCAGGCAUCAAGCGUCUCCUGAAGACACCAGAGCAAAAGUCUGAGCCACUGAAAUAUCAACCAGUAGAAGACAUGAUUGGGGUUAGCCGUAUUUUCAAGACACCAAAGGAAAAAGUUGAACCCAUAGAAGAUAUGUUUGGUAUUAGUAGAUUAGUGAAGACUCCGAGAGAGAAGUAUCAACCAGUUGAUGAUUUUGUGGGUCUGCAAAAGCUUAUGGCAGAACCCAGGCAGACAUGUUCCGAUAUUGAAGUGGACUAUGUUGGAGUUAAGGAAAUGUUUGAUAUACCAGAGGAAAUGAAGGUCAGAUCAGUAAACGUUAUGGAUUCUAAGCAAAAAGAUACUGCACCUCCUUGUACUAAUUCCAGUCACAACUAUGAAGACAAAGGCAAUACUUCACAAGAUGAAGAUUCUCAACAGAAGGAAUCUACUAGUGAAGACCAGUCUACUCAGAGAUCAACAAGGGGCAGAUCAAGGAAGACAGUACAUCCUGCUUCAGCAAAGCAGUGUGAAAAGAACUUGAAUUUAAAAGAGUUGCAAGGUGUGGAAAACAAGAGCGCCCAAGAGGAGAUGGGAGAGAUCAAUACUUCAGUAGCUAAAAACAAAGGAAGAGGAAGGAGAACAAACCGUUGCAUACAAGAAGAGAUUGUUUCAAAGCACCCUGAUCAAGAAAAAGUUGAAACUGUUUUGUUUGUGGAACCACGUGGAGCUACUCAAAGACCAGGAAGAGGUAAAAGAAAAGAACCGAAGGAGUUAAAACCUCCAAGUGAGAAUCUUGAGUCUUGUGGCAAAGAUUCUUCAGUGCAACAGGAAAAACCAGCAAAUAUGGAACAGACUUUGCAGGCAUAUGGCAUCAAUGACGUAUUAGAAACUGAAGAUGAUGCAACAGUAAGUGUAUCGAGCAGCAUUCAAAAUGAAAAUUGUCAACUGCAAACAGGUUUAAAAAAACCUGAAAACAAAUCUAACAAAGGUAGUGUAGAAGACAGUGAAGAAAUGCUUCUGUCACCUAGGAAGAGAUCUAGAGGAGUAAAAAAAGAAAACACAGAACCACUUAUUCCACCUAAAAGAGGAAGAAGAGCUAGAACUGACCAAGUUAAACAAGCUUCUUCAGAGGACCUUCGUGGGACAACAAGAAAGCUUCGUAAAGACCCAUCAGCAAAGAUGAUAAAAAGAGAUGAACAGACUUUUGACAAAAAUACUGAGACUGCCAUAGCAGAAGAAUCUGAAAACAGAACUAAACUUGAAGUAAAGAUGACAGAGAAAAGAGUUAAGUUUUUAAGAAGUGCUAGAAAGCAAACUGAAGUAAACGCAGACAUUUGUGGGAUGGCACUUGAAAAUAUACAAAACAUUCAGAAAACCAAGGAAACUUCACCUGAAAGGGAUACUGAAACACAAUCACACAUCAAAAGUGAGAUUAAAGCGUCUCGGGGAGAUGGAACAGAAAAUGCUCAGGAAAAUACAACAGAGGCAUCUCAAAGAUUAAAGGCAGAAUCACCUUCUGGAGAGACGAACAAAAUGCCAGUUACUGCUCUGAACUUGGAAGCAAACAGAAGUGCAGUACAAGAAACAAGCAGAACUAGAAACAGGAGAGGCAAAAAUGACUCUUUGGAGAAAAAGACUGAUGAAUUUGCCAAAGAUGUAAACAAACUAGAACUAAUUAUGCCCAAAUUUAAGUCAGAAACAGAAAUGGAUGAAUCUUCUCUCAAAGAUUCUUUGGGCUCUGUUCGUGUCGAGAAUAUGUACCAAGUCACAAAGGACCAGAACAAGCCAACUGGCACAUCAAUGCCUGCUGCAAACAGUGACAGUCUUCCACAUAGCCAUCAAAAGCGGUCAAGAAAUGAACAGGGAAUACUUAAAGCAAAGCAAACCAAAAUCCUGCAGGAGAAUCAAGCGCAAAACAGUGGAACUGCAUGUAGAAGAGGCAGAGGUAGAAAAGCUAAUUUUGAACUUGAAGAAGCCAGUUCCAAAGUGAGUGGAGGAAAAAGUAGUUUACCUGAGGAUGACAAAGGAAUAACUUGCAAAGAUGGUCAACAUGAGGCUUCAGAAAAUCCUUCUUCACAAGUAAGGAGGAGCAGAAGAAAGCAAACUGACUCCAUUCCACAAAUAGCUUGUUCUACCUUUACAGAAAAAAAAACAUUAAUUGCCGAUCAUAGUAAAGAUGAGGCUUCUGUAAAAGAGCAAGAUUCAACUUUGGAAGCUACUCCCUCUUCAACAGAAGACAAUCCACAGAGACAAGGGAAAAUACAAGAGGUUGCUGCAGCAUCACAAACAUCUAGAUCUCUUUCUAUCAGAAAAAGACGUGGGUUGCUAGAAGGUGGUGAUAAAAAGAUGACUGAGAGACAAGAUCAAAAUCCAGCUUUGGGAAAUAAAACUUUGCAGGCAAAAGCAAAUGCAUCAGCAAGGGACAAAAGGAAAAAGAUUGAUCUAGCAGCGGAGGCAAAAAGUUCAUCUUCUCUCCAGAGAAAAUGUGUCUUGUCAGAAACUGAUGAUAAAGAGGAGAGUACUAAUGAAGAACAAAAUAUGCCUUUGGAACCAGUGUCCUGUGCAAAAGAGAAGCCAUUAGGAAGGGGCAGAAAGAAAGAAACUGUUCUGGCAUCACAUACAACUGAUUACAUUUCUCUUAGAGGAAAACGUGGUUUGCCAGCAGAUAAUGGUAGAGAAGAAGCUCCUAAAGAAGAUCAAAAUGUUCCAAAUCAACUGAGAAAAGGCAGAAGAAAAGAAAUUGCCCUCUUAGAAGCCCCAAGUUCUACUUCUAGUCAGGGAAAACAGGGCUUAUCAAAAGAAAGUAGUAGAAAGAAUAACGAUGGGGAAGCAAAAAAGCUGAUUUUGGAAAAUUCUGCUUCCCAAGAAAAAAGGGAUCUUUCAAAAGGGAACUCGAGGCAAACAAUCACUUCAGCAGCUGUUAGUUCCACCUCACUUCAAGGUUUUCCAGAAGAUGGUAAGAAUGAAACUCCUGAAGAACAGCGGAGUAUACCUUUGGAAGUAGCUCAAUCUGCAAAAGAAAAUCCGUCAAGAGUGGGCAGAAGGAAAACAACUUCUUCCAAAUCUGAAGAAACUAGUUCUACUUUUCUCAGGGAAAAACCUGGCUUGCCCAAAGACAGAGGUCAAAAGAGGAUUCUUAAAGUAGAUGAAGAUGCAUCUCUAGAAAAUAAUUCAUCCCGGGAAAAAACAAGGCAAUUGAGGAGUACAAGGAAAAGGGUACAAGUCACAUCAGAGGCAGCUACUUCUACUUCUCUCCGUAAAAACGGCGACUUGCCAGGAAAUGUUAACGCUUUAGAAACUCAAAAUGGGUGUUUGGCGUCCACUGGUUCUGAAAAAAAUAAUAAGUCUGGAAAAGAAGAGGCUAACCCUGUACAACAGGCAACUUCCACUUCUCGCAGAAGAAAAUGUCUGUUGCCAGCAGAUGACUUAGCAUCCAAAAGGUUAAAAUCAGAAGCCCUUACUGUUAAUCAAGAGAGGAAGAUUAAAGAAGAUCAGAACUACCAGCCUGAAGUGCAUUUUGCAUUUGACUACACCUUUCUACCCGUGCAUGUGUAUUGUCCUGGAAAAAACAGCAUAGAGAUACGCAAGCUGUUAGGAGCAGCUUCUGCUCGUAUCUCUGCAGAGAGAAGGUCUCAAGCUCUUCGGAAACGUUUACUAGAUCACAAGGCACAGGUAGCUGCUUUUGUUGCCUCUGUUGCAG